AUGGGAGAAGGUCCGGGCUACACUGCAUUAAAAUCAGGAGAAAUAGUAUACCUUAUCAAAUGCAAACCUGUAGAAGUUGAACUAGAUAGAAGCCACAAAGCUUGUUUUCAGGAACUCCCAAUAAUACACAACAAACAAAAAUUAUUCAUGGCACCAAAAACGCACACCUUACAAAAAUAUGGUACUGAAAUCGACUGCACAUUCAUACUACCAGCCGGAUAUUUCAUGGAAGAUGAAUGGAUAAGCAUGUCACCUCAAUACAAUGAACUAGGUUCAGGCAAAACACCUCAAUUAUUAAAACCACAAACAACUUGGACAUGGGCAUAUAAAAGUCCACAACACCUAAUGAACGCAGGCUUAUACUCAAGCGACAUGAUUAACGCUUUACAAAAACACCUAUUAUUUCCUCAAGAAGUUUUUGCAGCUCAAAGCAACCUAGCAAGAGAAACAAUGGGCUACAACACUCUUGAUCAAGGACUAAAAAUAAGACCUUAUAUCGAUGAACAACUCAUAAGCAAAUUGGUCGAAGAAAAACUAAACAAAAUGUGGGGCUGGUUUGUAGGUUUUGGUAAUUUUAUAUCUGGAUUAUUAGGUGUAUUUGUUAUAUGGAAAAUCUUUAUGAUAUGUCUAAACACAACAAUCAACAUGUCAAUCUUAUAUCAAACUUUGGAUUUAGCUUUUAAAGUACUGGCAGGUUUAUUUGCAAGCAUGACACAUUAUUUUAUGCAUAAAUCACAUACUAAAGCUAAACAAAAUACACAAAAUAAUGAAAAUGAAAAUCCAGAGACAUACUUAUUAGACAAUAUUACAGAACAACCUAUAUCACAACCUACACCACAACCUAGACAAAUCUAUCCAUCACUAAAUAUAAAAAACACACAACACCAAGAUCUUAGAAGAUCAUUAUAA